GCUGUUCAGCGCCUGUGAUCUCAGCGCGCUGUUGCUGGACGCGCAGAAGAAGAGCGGCAGUCCUCUUCUAACAUAUCUUCCAUGGCUUAAAAGAACGACUUUCUGUUGGAUUGUCACAAAGGGAUUUUACAGAGAUGAAGCGAGUCAGGACAGAACAGAUCCAGUAUGCAGUGACUCAGUACCUGAAGAAGAGGCAGUACAUAGAUACAGAUGGUUCUCUAAAGGGCGCCAAACUAUCCCAGUCUGCGGAGGAGAUGGCUGCCAGUCUCACAGUUCAGACAGAGUCCAGCUGUGCAAAUGUGGUGUCAGCGGCCCCCUGCCAGUCAGACCCUCAGCAGUAUGAGACCCAGUUCUCUAGACUGCGCUCCUUCCUGCAGGAUGCAGAGGCGCCUUUGGUGAAGGAGGUAAGAGGCGUGUUGUUUCCACUCUUCCUCUACUUGCACUUGGACAUGGCACGCUGUGGCCUGAAGGGGGCAGUAGACUCGUUCUACAGUCGCUUCCACUCGCUCUUCCAGCAGGACCCUGAGCAGAAAGCCAUUGUGGAUCUGCUGCGUGGUGCCGUCACAUUGCAGGAUGUGACCUCGAACCCUAAACUCUGCUCCCUUCUGGAUCACAAGUAUGUGGUUCACCUGACAGAUCAAGCGUACAGCUACCUACUGCGUUACCUGCAGAGUGAUGACAACAGCGUUAUCUGUUGGGUGCUCAGCACACAUAUACAGGUGGAGGUGACAGCAGCACGUCAAACCGACUACCAGCUGUAUGGGGCGGGGCUUGGAACAGGAAACGCAAACUCCACUUCCUCUUCCUCCACUACCUGGACUGCAGUUGACGGGUCUGAUGGGACGGAACCUGUUGAAGUCACGGCGGGGUUACCUCAGAACGAGGCUGCAUUGGAAGCGUUGCAGGACUGCAUCAAGCGUGUGCGCGAGGGACCGCCUUCCCUCACCACCAUCUGCUUCUAUGCGUUCCAGCACACGGAUCAGUUGCUGAACACUGCUGAGGUGUCGGCGGACAGCCGAUUGCUGGCAGCAGGGUUUGAUAACUCUGCCGUGAAGCUGUGGAGUUUACGGGCACGAAAGUUAAAGGCGGGGCCUCACAGGGUCGAUGUGUCGAAAAUAAGACUUGCCUGUGACGUGCUGGAGGAGGAAGCAGAUGAUGAGGAUGCCUCAGGCAAUGAGAUCAAGACCCUGCGUGCUCACAGUGGUCCUGUGUACCGCACAGCAUUCCUGACGGAUGGCUCCGGUCUGCUGUCAUGUUCGGAGGACUCCACCGUCCGCUUCUGGGACCUGAACUGCUUCACCAACACCGUCCUGUACCGUGGUCACACCUACCCCGUCUGGGACGUGGACGUCAGUCCCUGCAGCCUGUACUUCUCGACGGCGUCUCACGACCGCACCGCCCGCCUCUGGAGCUUUGCCCGCACAUACCCGCUUCGUCUCUACGCCGGCCACCUCUCUGACGUGGACUGCGUCAAAUUCCACCCCAACUCCAACUAUGUAGCGACGGGCUCUACUGAUAAAACCGUGCGACUGUGGAGCACGCAGCAGGGGGCGUCUGUGAGGUUGUUUACUGGGCACCGUGGCCCCGUGCUCUCGCUCGCCUUCUCACCCAACGGAAAGUACCUGGCGUCGGCUGGAGAGGACCAGAGACUGAAGCUGUGGGACCUGGCAUCUGGUGCUCUGUUUAAAGACCUCCGUGGUCACACCGACAGCAUCACCAGCCUCUCUUUCAGCCAGGACAGCAGUCUGGUGGCUUCUGCCUCCAUGGAUAACUCCGUGCGUGUGUGGGACAUACGAAACGCUCACGGCACCGCCCAGGCCGAUGGUUCCAGCAGCGAGCUGAUUGGACAGUACACGGGCAACACUAGUAAUAUACUAAACGUGCAGUUCAUGGGCUGUAACCUGCUGCUAGUGACGGGCACUGCGCUAGAAAAACAAGAACAGUGAAAGAGGAUGUGUAUGAGUGAAUUGCACAAAAAUAUGUUCAGGUCACAUUCCAUCCCAAAUCAAAAGUACAAAAAACAUAUUUUGCUUAAAUGAAGCCUAUUGUAGGACCGUUAGGAUUUUUCUAAGCACAUUGUUCCCAAAAAUGCAGAAUAUUUUGAGUUUUCUGUAAUCCUUGUGAUUCUCAUUAUUGUUAAAAUUAUUAUUUUUUUUUUCAUGAAAAUCAAAAUGAAGGCAGAACUGGACUACAACAAUUUGAACUUAAAAUCAUGAACUAAAUCCAAAUAACAUUGGGGAAAUUUUUUUGUGCAUGUCAGUAAUGAGAAUUGCAAUUUUGUUUUGAAAUGUUUGAAAUUAAUUUAACAAUGUAAACAAUCCUAAUGGUCCUAAAUUAAUUUUUCAUGUUCUUUAAUUUAAAUAGUAAUUUAAAUUUCUUUUUUUAUGUGAAAAAUGACAAAUAACAUGGAGGGAUGUGUGUUGAUGUAAUUAUUAGCCAUAUGUUUGUGAAAUUACUUGUUAGGUCAAAACUUCUAGUCUGGAUCUUUCAGUUUAGCUAAUUUCAGUUAACCUUGCUGUUGCUUUAUCGAUGGCUCAUUUUUAUUUUUACAAUAGCGUUAUAAAGGUAAGGCUGAACGCAUGUCUUAGACUGUUCUGCAUACUUGUAUGGAUUUUGUCCAGGAAGCCAUUUGAACUGAUUUAAGUCCUAUAGACGUGAUUAAGGACUGUGAACCUUUGUCAGGAUAUAUACCUUAUUUAAUUUGACAGAAUAAAACAAGGCUGUGAGGGAUACAGGCUUUUUCAAUGAUGUCUGACAUUUUCGCAACUGAUUUUGUCGGCUGAACACUCAACACUAAUGUAUGCAACAGUACUAAAGUACUUCUGUAUCUCACAGCCUUGUUUUCAUUUGCAUCAUGUUAAAUAUGGUGUCUGUCCUGAUAAUAGUCCACAAGGAUUGAAUUUAAGAGGUUUACAACUUUGUCUCAUCAAGGUUAACUGAUCUUAGUUUAGCUAAAUCAAACCGUUCUGUUGAAAAAUAAUGUUAUUUUCUCCGAGCAAAAGCCUGGUUCCCCUCCAGGCUCCACAGACAGAAGUGUUGGUUAAUCCAAAAUGAAGUGAUUCUAUCAGACGUCACAGUGACCUGUUGAAGAGAGUAAAACAUCAUUGUUUGAUCAUUUGAGUUUUCUUGCAUCUGAUUUUGAAACCAUGCACUUAUUUGUUUUUUUGUAAAGCAGCUGUUUCUUGUUUGUUCUGUUCUCAAGUGUUGCCGUUUCCUAUCCCUGAUGGCCAGCGUAGUCAUGGGCCACUUAUGUCUCCGUUAGCAAAAGUGUAAUAAAAAAAGAUGAGCCUUUGUAUUUUCAUUGCAUUUGUAAAUAUAUGUUUUGUAAUAUU